AUGUCCCAAGGCAGCAUGGCCAUGUCCUAUAACAACAUGGCACCACAGGGCAACAUGACGAUGUCCUAUGACAACAUGAUAGCCCAAGGCAGCAUGGUGCUUCAAGACACUAUUUUGUCCCAGGGUAACAUGGUGCUCCAGGACACUAUUAUGUCCCAGGGUAACAUGGUGCCUCAAGGCAACACAAUGAUACCCCAGGGCAAUAUGGCACCUCAGCCAAGCUACUGGCAUGUCCCUGCACAGGGUCUUUCAUUCCCCUUUGGCCCAACGAACAACCAGGCCCAAGACCAUUCGUACCAGCGGCGCAGGGCCGAAUUCGUUGCAGCUGUGCAGACACAACGUCAAGAGUCUCGGCGGGCGAACAAGACGAGCCGCAGCAGACCCUACAGGCGCAGGUGUCAGGCUGGUAUUCAAAACGAUGGGGAAAGCCAACCUAUUCCAGCUGUGCUCUCAGAAGGGCUGGUUGACAAUCCGGUCGCUUCUGCGACGGUUGCUACUCCGGUGACAGUUGCUGGUCCGGUGGUUGAAACCCCGGGCCAAAAUCCAGGCCAAGACGUCGACCCCGUGGCCAUGCUUGAGAGCCUCUUCGGUGAGGGCGAAUUUGAGAGCCUCUUCGGUGGGGGCGAAUUUGAGAGCCUCUUCGAUGAGGACGACUUUGAGAACCUCUUUGGCGAGUCGGGCGGUGAACCUGAUACUGGUACCGCCAACGCCGGCGCGGCCAUGCCGGCUCCUAGUCCGCUCUCUCCGACCUUCUCGAGCAGCCUUCCCGGCCUAUCCGCUGUGGUAAGUGAUAGCGUGCCCGAGCAAACCCCGGUGUCUACUUCACCCGCGGUGCUCAGCGAAAGCACGAGCCCUGGGACCGAGCAGCCUGCCAAAAAGCGAAGAACCAAGAUUGGCAGCCAGUCGUGCGAGAUGUGCAGGAAGUCUAGAAAGGCCUGCCACCGUCAAGAGAACACAUACUCGUGCGUCCGUUGCCACACGGCAGGCAUGCCGUGCAACAAGUUUGACCCCAGCGCGGCCAAGCCCUCAGACGGACGCACGAACAAUACUGUGCAGCGCAACCAUCAGCGCAUCUACGACGAGGGCCGCAGCGUCAUUGAGAAGCUGUGGAAGGCACUCACUGCCAUUGUGCCCCAAAGCGCGAAUGAGGCGCCCGAACUCGUGGCGCGCCGCCUGGCUCUCGCGCAGUGUGUCCAAGCACGCAUGCCGACGAAGAAUGUUGAGAGCUGGGUUCCCAUCACAGACAUGGAAAUUGAAGCCCUCGACCUAGCCAUGCAUGGUCUCAACUUCAGGCCUGACUGUCUCAGGAUCGUGGGUGGUCCUCGCUCCUAUGUCGAGCGUCCCUCGCGUUGCGAAAAGCUCGUUGAGGAGCGCAAGGCUUGUCAUGACCUUGUAGACAAGGUCAGCCGCUUUGUUACGGCUCUGGUCGACUGCAUUGUGUAUGCGACCGAACCAAGCCACAGUAACUGGUUGCCGAUGCAUGUCGCGAAACUCCUCACUGUCCCUCGCUAUGAGGAACAGCAUAUCUCGUGCGAUCACCCUCUCCCGGCCGCCUUCAAGAAGUACCUUGGCAACAUUGUCAAUAAUGCAGCCACUACCUAA